ACUUCCACAUCAGUCAUGAAAAAUGAAAAAGAGAUGACAACCAAUCCUUUCGGUUGCUAGCUCGGUUAUACACGUUAAUCCGAGCCGAAAAGAGCUCGGUUCAGGUAUCAUUCAGCUGGUCCUUCAAGCGCGGUAGCUUCUAAUUGGCCGAGACGAGUUGGUACUGAUGCAUGAUCGAUCAUCAAGGCGAAAACUUGAAAACUGUUACAGUGCGUGUUUAUGUCAUUAGCUGUCAGUGCAGGUUUUAGGAAUUAAAAAAUCUAUGAUAAUUCUACUAUUUUCAUCUCUUUAUCUUUAAAAGUCGCUUCUGGCUCUUUGUUAGGAAUUUUUAAUGUUUCAGAAGGAACUCGUGAUUGGAACGGUUCACCCAAUCUUCCAUCUCUACUAGCUCAGCGAGCCCAGCGCUUAAUUUGGAUAUCAAUAUUUCUUUGAAGAGUUAAACUCACGACGAUCGCUUGCUUACUUUCAACUACCUCGUACUUCACUUACCUCGGUUCCUAUAUUCAUUCUUGUUCCUCUACAUAAUUCUCUUUCAAUAAUCCAUCUGCCGCUAGGCAGUCAAUUCCAUCUUACUCUAAUUCCUAAACAAGAUGGCGGCGUUUAUCGCAAAGAAGAUCCUCAAGGAGACGGCGGGCAACCAAUUUGGAAUAAAGGACCCGUACUUUGAGGAAGUUCCCGCGACGAGACUGGACGGUCGACCGUCGAGAACGAAGACUAAGAAAGUCCGUAAGGCUUUGCCGCCUGGCCUCUCGGAACACGAUGCCCAGGUUUUGACCAAGGUGAAGAGAAGGGCAUACAGACUAGAUAUGAGCCUGGGAAGCUUUAUGGGGUUAAAGUUAGGAUGGGGUAGCUUAAUUGGCCUUGUCCCAUUCGCUGGCGAUGCCGUGGAUGCGCUCCUUGCGAUGAUGGUCGUUCAUACUGCGAAACAAGUAGAGGGAGGGCUCCCGACUCGAAUAUGGGCUACCAUGUACAUCUGGGUGAUCAUUGAUUUCAUCGCCGGGUUGGUACCCUUCGUUGGAGAUAUCGCAGACACCCUCAUCCUGGCCAAUACCCGCAAUGCCAUAGCGCUGGAGGACUAUUUACGUAAGAAAGGAAAGAAAAAUCUCCGCGCAACCCAUCAGCCGGUACCCGAUGUUGACCCCAGCGACCCAUCCGAAUUCGAUCGGUUCAAUGCUCAGUCACAAGAACGCGGAACAGAUUAUCCUGCGCAAGAAAGUGGUGUCGCACCCGCUCAACCGCCACGGCCGGGUCAAGCAAGGGUUCGUGACGAUCGACGGGCCAGCUCUGGCAGAGGUUUCUUUGGUCGGGGCAGCCAACGAUCUCGCCCAGAUGAUGUUGAGAUGGGGACCCGCUAAGAGUCGGAAUCUGUGGGGUUAAUUACCUACAUGGAACCAGGUCACGUAAAGUGCUUGGAGGGGCUGUGACGCGUCACACUAUCAUACAUGGGAUUUGACUAUUCUAGGUGGUAAUCUGUAGCAACGGCGGUCGGUUUGCUUGUCUUGUCUUAUCAAUCAUUGCGGGUGUUUCAUACCUGUAAUUCGUGGAUCCGUGGUACCCAUACGAUCAAUUUGAUAUGUAGAUAGAUUCACGAUUCACACAUUGCGGGAAGCAUGGCUUGUUCAAGUGUAACGGCAAACAGAGACAAGGGGUUGAUAAAUGAUACCCAGAUACCAGAGGAAAUAUUGACAGACGGGAAGAUUCGCAGCUAAACACGAGACAGUGGUUAGGACGAUUAGAUAUCCAAGAUAAUUUAUCGGGAUCGA